AUGCCUAUGGGAGAAUCGGAGCUCGCUGCUGAUCCUCCCUCAGGUGGCCUCGCGGCCGAUUAUCAACCGAGACUGAUGAAACUGAUGAAAAGUCGGCCUCGAUUCACGUCCGAGGUUCUCUCUCCACCAUCCCUCGCGGAAUCUGCAAAAACAAGCCGGUGUUCCUUGAAAAGCGGAGAUUCACGCGUUUCGAAGAUCCGCGAGUCGAAUUCGAUGGUCGAUGUCUGUUCUGGAAAUUCGCAACUGCUGUUGGUCAUUUGCGCUCUGCUCGUCCACGUUGUUGCGACGGCGGAAACGGAAGAGGCGCAAGCUGGAAGAUCGCGGGUCUCCGACGAACAACUGAACACGGCUCUGAGCGACCAACGUUACUUGAGGAGGCAGCUGAAGUGCGCGUUGGGCGAAGCUCCCUGCGACCCUGUCGGAAGACGUUUAAAGAGUUUAGCACCACUGGUUUUGAGGGGCUCCUGCCCGCAAUGUAGCCCCGAGGAAACACGACAGAUCAAGAAGGUCCUCUCGCACAUUCAACGAACCUAUCCAAAGGAGUGGUCCAAGAUAGUGCAGCAGUACGCCGGAGUUUCGUAA